GGGACCAUCUGUGCCCUUCAAGGGAAAUGGGCUUGUCUUUCUGCCUUCCUUCCCGCCUGGAUCUUCUCUGGGAGCAAAGCGGCUCCUGUCUCUCCCUCUCUCCCAAGGGCUGCAGCCUCAGUGGCCUCUUCUGGGGUCUGCCGCCUUGAGGGCUUUUGGCCAACAACAACAACAAUAAUAAUAAAGAUGUGCACACGAUGGCAGCUGGAUGGAGGGGAUCAGUUGCAAAAUCUCCUUGAAGUGAAUUUUUUAAAAAGCACACUCAGCUGCAGUCCCUCCUAGAGUCCCUCUGUCUUUACAGCCAAUCAAGUUGUGCAAUUCCCACGUGACCAAUGUGCGAGUUGAAAAGCUACCUCCUUCCCUGGUUGCCUUGGGAGAGAUUGGCCUUGAAUCCAGGAAGAUCAAAGAUGGAUCAGCAAGACUCUGCUGCCCUUGAAGCAGGAAAAGGCCCUGAUGCCAUCAAGACUGGGACCUGUGGGGAGAAAUUCCAUGGGGAAAACAGCCUCCUCUCAGAUGUCCAGUCCCAGCAGUUCAGGCAUUUCCGCUACGAGGAAGGCAUGGGGCCCCGAGAGGCUUGCAGUCGACUCCAUCUUCUUUGCCAUCGGUGGCUGAAGCCAGAGCGGCACACAAAGAACCAAAUCCUGGACCUGGUGAUCCUGGAGCAGUUCCUGAGGAUCCUUUCACCAAAGAUGGCGAGCUGGGUGAGGGAAUGUGGAGCGGAGACCAGUUCCCAGGCGGUGGCCCUGGCCGAAGGAUUCCUCCUGAGCCAGGCAGAGGAGAAGGAGCAGGAAGAGCGGCAGGAAAAGGGUCUGUUUGGAGGAAAAGGAACUGAUUUUUCCGAGGCAGAGAGGACUUCAUCGGACACCAGACAGAGGCCGCUGGGUGAUGGAAUGAUGUCGGCAAGACCUACUAAACCUUCUCCUCUUUCUGGUGGAAGGGAAGCUGCUGCUGUUCCACAUGAUCAGGGUCCAGUGGUCUUUGAGGAUGUGGCUGUGUAUUUCACAGAGGAGGAGUGGGCCCUACUGGCUCCUGACCAGAGAGCUCUGCACAAGGAAGUCAUGGAGGAGAAUUGUGGGACUCUGGCCUGUCUUGAUGGUGACAAAUGGGAAGUCAAGAGUAAGAGAGAACUGGGCGGGAAAGAGAUAUCUGAAAAAGACAGAUCUAAGAAGAAAGAAGAGCAGGGAAGGAAAACUGAAGCCGAAGAGAAGAGGAGGAGUGAAUCCUCUCCUUCUCAGGGCAGUGACUGCCAUGAGAUUUCAGUCCGAGAAAAAACAGAUGCAAGAAACAAAGGAAGUAAUACUUUUGGUUACUGGAAAAGUCUCAAUUUUAACAAAAAUGGCAAAGCCCAUAUCAAAAAGAAACUCUAUGAAUGCUUGGAAUGUGGAAAGAACUUUCCUUCCCGUUACAAACUUACUAUCCAUGCUAGAAUUCAUACUGGGGAAAAACUGUAUCAAUGUUUAGAAUGUGGAAAGAGCUUCUUUGACAAGAGAAAUCUUACAUUCCAUGAAAUAAUUCACACAGGAGAGAAACCAUAUAAAUGUUUGGAGUGUGGAAAGAGUUUCAGUCACAAGACAUCUCUCACUAAUCAUCAAAGAAUUCAUACAGGGGAGAAACCAUAUACAUGCUUGGAGUGUGGAAAUAGCUUCAGUCGGAAGACAUCUCUCACUAAUCAUCAAAGAAAUCAUACAGGGGAGAAGCCAUAUAAAUGCCUGGAGUGUGGAAAUAGCUUCAGUCGGAAGACAUCUCUCACUAAUCAUCAAAGAAUUCAUACAGGGGAGAAACCACAUGCAUGCUUAGAGUGUGGAAAGAGCUUCAGUCAUAAGAUAUGUCUCAUUUAUCAUCAAAUAACUCAUACUGGAGAGUCCCCAUAUAAAUGCAUGGAAUGCGGAAAGGGCUUUCCUUGCAAUUCUGCACUUAAUGUCCAUAAAAACAUUCACACUGGAGAGAAACCAUAUAAAUGCAUGGAAUGUGGAAAGAGCUUCAGUCACAAGACAUCUCUCACUAAUCAUCAAAGAAUUCAUACAGGGGAGAAACCACAUGCAUGCUUAGAGUGUGGAAAGAGCUUCAGUCAUAAGAUACGUCUCAUUUAUCAUCAAAUAACUCAUACUGGAGAGUCCCCAUAUAAAUGCAUGGAAUGCGGAAAGGGCUUUCCUUCCAAUUCUGCACUUAAUGUCCAUAAAAACAUCCACACUGGAGAGAAACCAUAUAAAUGCUUAGAGUGUGAAAAGAGCUUCAAUCACAAGACAUCUCUCACUAAUCAUCAAAGAAUUCAUACAGGGGAGAAACCAUAUAAAUGCUUGGAGUGUGGAAAGAGCUUCAGUCGGAAGAUACGUCUCACUAAUCAUCAAAGGCUUCAUACAGGGGAGACCCCGUAUAAAUGCAUGGAAUGCGGAAAGGGCUUUUGUGACAAGAGCUUCAAUUACAAGACAUGUCUCACUAAUCAUCAAAGAAUUCAUACAGGGGAGAAACCAUAUACAUGCCUGGAAUGCGGAAAGAGCUUCAGAACCAGUUCUCACCUUUCUUGUCAUCAAAGAACUCACACUGGGGAGAAACCGUUUAAAUGCUUGGAGUGUGGAAAGGGCUUCAGUGUGAGGACAAGCCUCACUUCUCAUCAAAGAAUUCACACUGGGGAGAAACCAUAUAAAUGUGCAGAGUGUGGAAAGAGCUUCAGACACAACUCCAGCCUCACUACUCAUCAAACAACUCACAUGACAGAGAAACCAUAUAAAUGCUUAGAGUGUGGAAAGAGCUUCAGUAGAAACACAAGCCUUACUUCUCAUCAAAGAACUCACAUGGAGGAGAAACCGUAUGAAUGUGCAGAGUGUGGGCAGAGCUUCACUCACAACUCAAGCCUGAUUACACAUCAAAGAACUCACACAGGAGAGAAACCAUAUCCAUGCUUGGAAUGUGGUAAAAGCUUCAGUCGGAGCACUGACCUGACCACCCAUCAAAGAAUCCACACAGGGGAGAAGCCAUAUAAAUGCUUGGAGUGCGGAAAGAGCUUCCGUUUGAGUACAAGCCUAAGUAAUCAUCACCGAAUUCACACAGGGGAGAAACCAUAUGACUGCUUCCAGUGUGGAAAGAGCUUCAAUAAUCGCUAUACCUUAUGUCUACAUCAAAGAACUCACUCAGAGGAGAAGCCAUAUAAAUGCUUGGAGUGUGGAAAGAGCUUCUGUUCGAGCACUGAACUCAUGUAUCAUCAAGCAAUCCACUCAGAGGAGGAACCAUAUAAAUGCUUGGAAUGUGGAAAGAGCUUCAAUUUGGUUAAAGACCUAACUUCUCAUCAAAAAAUUCACACAGGGGAGAAGUCAUUUAAGUGCUUGGAAUGUGGAAAGAACUUCAAUCAGAAAAUUCAUCUCACUUCUCAUCAAAGAAUUCACACAGGAGAGAAACCAUAUAAAUGCUUGGAGUGUGGAAAGAAUUUCAGUAGAAGCACACACCUCAGGGGUCAUCAAAGAAUACACACAGGGGAGAAACCAUCUUUUGAGGAUUACAAAAAGCAAUGA